AACGCUUCAAUCAUCAAUGGUGGACUCCCUCUCCCUCUGCUACACCGAAACCCUAAUCUAUAACUAGUAAUAAACUGGAUCAUUAGUCGGUAUUAUCUCAGUGUAUUGAACUAACAACCAUGGCGGCCUUAUCGACCAGAGGCCUCAUUUCUCGUCUCCACCACCACGUCAUCUCCCCAAAUCCCGUCCCUUUUCAUCUCUUAACUGGAAGAUUCUUCAGCUCCGAUGCUUUACUGGAUGGCUCCCAGAUCGUCCAUCAACAACCCACACGCAUCAUUACGGCCACCCCUUCUAUUAUGACCCCAAACUCCAAGCGAACCGGGAUCAUUGCCGUCAAGUGCGGCAUGACUGCUCUUUGGGACAAAUGGGGUGCUAGGUUACCCAUUACUAUUCUCUGGGCUGAUGACAAUAUCGUCACUCAGGUCAAGACUGUUGAGAAAGAAGGAAUCUUUGCACUUCAGAUUGGUUGCGGCCACAAAAGGCCUAAACAUUUGACGAAGCCUGAAAUGGGUCAUUUCAGAGCUCAAGGUGUUGAUUUGAAGAGGAAAUUGAAGGAGUUCCCUGUCACUGAAGAAUAUGCUCUUCUUCCUGUUGGUACUUCCCUUGGUGUUCGCCAUUUUGUUGCAGGCCAAUAUGUAGAUGUCUCUGGAACUUCUAGAGGGAAAGGUUUUCAGGGUGGAAUGAAAAGGUGGGGGUUUAAAGGAAUGCCGGCAUCUCAUGGUGCAUCAUUAUCACAUCGGAGUAUCGGUUCUACUGGCCAGAGGGAUGCUCCUGGAAAGGUUUGUAUUGCUAGUUUUUAAUUUGCAAUACCUUAAAUGUAUUCCAGAAUACUUGAUUAUUCUGGAGAAU